GUUACACCAUCUCCAGGCUCACUCUAUUGGUGCCAGGAGAGAGAGACAAUACACAGCCACACAAUUAUUCAGCUGCGGCGUCACUCCGGCUGGGCUUCAUUAGGGGCAUCAUUUUAAUCUUAUCUGUUGUCAUCUGCAAACUGAGACUGACAGGACCGGAGAGGAUUUCUACGUUUCCAGUAGAUGUUCUCUGAUUCUGAAUCUUAUCUUGUAUUAUCAGAAAAGAGGAAAUCUCUCCACUUUCACCACACAACCAUCUCUAUUGUUUCCAGUGGAAUUAGAAGAGGAAGAACAUCACUUUCGCCAGAUCUUAUCACAAAGUCAACAAGAGAUUUAAAAUUCUCUCUCUCUCUCUCUCUCUCUCUCUCUCUCUCUCUCUCUCUCUCUCUCUCUCUCUCUCUCUCUCUCUCUCUCUCUCUCUCUCUGGCUAAUUUUAAGGCAUUAUUUUAAUUUUGUUGACUUUUUAAGUUAAUUUAUUAUUUAAUUAUUAGAGACAGGGAGAAGACCAUGCCAAGAACUGGAAACAAUGUUUUAUUGUAAAAGAAACCAAAGAAACCCCUUGUCUUGAUUUAAGCAUUAUUGUGGGGAUUUCCAUUGAACUUCGAGAACCACCUUGAAUCUGUUCCUUAGAGAGAAUCAUUUGCUUUGUUUCUAGGCUAUAUUUGUUACUUCAAGCGCUGAAUAUGAUGCUAAGCCCUGACCAGACGGACUCUGACCACCCGUGGGCUCAGUCUGACGCUGAAUCUGUGCUAAAUGAUAUGAAAGUAGGCUGCAUUUCAGACGACCCGGGAGAUGGAGAGGGAAAGAUCAGAACGAUUGCUACACAGAACCUUACCCGGGAAGAGAAGCGCAGGAGACGAAGAGCCACAGCCAAAUACCGUUCGGCACACGCUACGCGGGAGAGGAUCCGCGUGGAGGCUUUCAACGUGGCAUUUGCAGAAUUGAGAAAAUUACUGCCGACCCUUCCCCCUGACAAGAAGCUGUCAAAAAUUGAAAUCCUCAGGCUGGCAAUCUGCUACAUCUCUUAUUUAAACCAUGUUCUGGACGUGUAGAGAGGAAUGGUAUAGAAUAUAUAUUUUAAAGGUGGGAAUAUCGCAAAACCUUAAGUUUUAUUUUAGAAGAAAAUUGUGUUUGACUCCUGCAGUAGGCCUAUGCAGUGUGGAAUUUAAAGAAACCGAAGAAGAACGAAAAAUAAAUCCACGGCCAUUGCAAAUGAUUAUUUUCUGUGGGGUUUCUUAUGUUGACAAACGAAAACAUGAAAUAAAAUGAAACACGCAUAUAAUGCAAUAAGAAAAAAAGGGGGAAAAAACAAAAAUAAUCUUGCUUAACUUGAACACAGUAAUUCUUUGCAGGCUGUCAAAUGCAACCUGAACUUGUCGCAAAUACUGUUUUAGGCUAUGUUUGUGAACUUAAUAUUAUAUUUAAUUAGGGGGAAAAAAGAUCUGGCAAAGAUCCGUAAAAAAGGGGAAAAGACAAAAAGAAAAAUCAGAUAUUUUCCAAGCUAAGUGCCACUUCUUUCCAAAAACAUCUAUUUGUGACCUUAAUAUUUGAUGUUUUAUUUCUGUUGUUUAUUUAUUUAUUUAUUUAUUUAUUUAUUUAUAGUUGUGUGUUGUUGUUUUUUUUUUUUUUAAAGUGCUGGUGUUUUAAAAUAAUAAUUUGUGCCAAUAUGUUUUUACGGUCCAUUGUUUACAUUUUUAAAUGUUUAUUGCAUAAUUAUUUAUAUUUUUAGUCCGUGUUUUUGGGGGCAUAAAAGUGAUAUUUUGCUCUUCUAUUGCACUUGUAAGUGGUCCGUUUCUGUUUAAGAUAUUUUGUAAAUUGAAUUGUCUCUUAAGGAAUUAUUUUCGUCUACGAUUAGCACUUCACUUUGGGUAGAACCCUUAGAAUACUUGUUGAUAUCAGCAGUGUCUGGAAAUGUAGUUUGUAUUGCAAACGUUUUAAGGUUUCUUGGAAUUUAAUGACAGUUUCAGCAUGUUUUGAAAAGGGUGUGCAUACCAGAUGUAUGUCAUUAAAUCACCACCUUUAAAUAAGUCGCCUUGGAUAAAGGCGUCUGCUAAAUAAACAAAUAAUAAUAAUAAUAAUAAUAAUAAUAAUAAUAAUAAUAAUAAUAAUAAUAAUAAUAAUAAUAAAUAGUCCAAAAAGUGGUAACAAAUUCAGCUCUUUUAAAAUAAAACAUAAGAAUCCUAGAUAAAAAAAAAAUUGCGACUUAUUUUUUAGUAUGUCACUUUGAAAAACAUUUGUGUCAUGUUAAAUGCAGUCGUUAAAUUCCAGUCAGCCUUUGUUUUGCUGCGACCAAAAAUAGGAGUUUUCUAAUGUCAUUUGUAUUUAUGUGUUUAUUUAUUGUCGGUGUCUCUGAUGUGAACCUCUUAACACAAUAACUGAUUUUUAUAUAGGAAAAAAAACGACAUAUCUGCUAGCCAAAGAUUUUUUGUCUUCAGGGGUUUUAUUGUGUCUUCGUUGCUUUAUAGCACAUGGUAUUUUGUAGUGAGGUAGCUAUAUUAAGCUGGUUUCUAAUGAACACAGUUUUUCAUAUCCUUAAUGGCGAGCUGUUUUGAAAAUAAAUAUAUAAAAAAUGUAUAUUGUCUCUUGUUUUUGUGUUUAACUUUUUUCAAUGGUUACAGUUUACAAAAAUGCAGAAAGUUAACAUUAGGUUGUCUGAAAAUGAUUUUGCACACAAUGCUGCACAUAAAGCAUCAUGUUAAAAUAUUAAACGAAUCUAUGCACUUUCUCCAAACCUUUAGAUAAAUUUAACUCAAUUAUAUAAUUUUAUAUAAGGCGUAGAUUAUAUACUUAAUUAUAUAACCCUAUAGCUCCAUUGAAGCCACUGAUUUCUUCUUGAAUAUACCGAUAUUCAAUUGUAUUCUGAUUUUGUUACUUCGUUGAAAGUUUUGUUUUAACUGUAGAGAAAGGGGUGUUGUAACGUAUACUUUGAUAUUUGGGGACUGCUAUUUGGAAUAGCUGUUGGACAGCGCUAUUGCUUGUGAAAUCCAUUGAACAAAUUGACAUUGGCUAUGAUGUCAAAAAAAUUUAGUUUGCUGAUUUUAUAUAUAAAACAUUAUUUGGAAGUGUGGAUUUCAGUUUAUUU